CGCUACGAAGCACAACGAGUGCCGUCCCCGGCCCCAAACGUGGUUUCAAUCCUCUUCACAGCUGUCAAUCGGCAUCCUUGACAUCAUGGGCGAUCACGAGAACAGACACCACGGUGGCGGAGGCGGCUAUGGAGGUCGCAAGCGGCGGUAUCGAGAUGACGACGAUUACGAUCGCCGCAACCAGAGACGGCGGUACGACGCGCCGGCGCACACGCGCAUCCGCAAGCAGCUCCUCGGGCUGGCCGAGACGCCCUUGAAGCGCUGGCACGAGGAGGUGCAAGCAGUCGCGCAGCUCAUUGUAGAUGCGCCGGCCGACGACAAGGACGUCCGCGCCUGCUUGCUCGAAUUGAUUCCUCAGAUGGCCGUCGAGCAGCCGCUCAAGACCCCAUUCGUCGCCGCCGUCGUGCUCGUCGUCAACUCCCUCAAGCCAGAGCUUCUCGGCGACCUGCUCGCCCGCCUUGCGAGCGCCACACAGGAGAGGAUCCAGGCCGGCGAGUGGCGCGAGGUCAAGCUCUACUUGAAGCUGCUUGCCUGUUUGCAGGCAUGCCUCGAGGGUGACGGCUUGUUCCCCGUGCUAGAGGAGCUGUUCAGCCGCGCCGUGGAUUUGCAGACUGCUAGCUCAGAUGAUACUAUCGGUACCGAAAUCGUCAAGAUCAUCCUGCUCACGAUCCCAUACAUCAUGGCCACCGGGCCAGCAAGCCAGUGGCAGCACAAGGCCGCCGAGAUCAUGGACAAGACCGACGUCAUCGCCUCCGAACCGCACGCGCUCCAGGUCCUGAUCGAUCCAUACCAGGUCCAAGAAGGCGAGGAGAGCCCGACUGCCAACCUCAGCUUGAUUGGCCUGCUCCAGAACCAACUACAAAAGGAGGCGACGAAUGGCUGGGCGCUGUCUUGCUUGCCACGGCCGUGGCAAAUGCCUCCCGAGGAAAUUGAGCAGCAGGAGAAGCUCGACAGUGCGCAGAAGCACGCGCUCCCUCCUAUCACAAUCCCAGAGACCGUCGUGGCUGGACCCCGGCUUCUGUUCCCGGAGAUAUACUUCUCGGUAUACGCCAACCAGGAGAUCGAGUCCGUGCCGCCGACAAGCGAUCUCGCCUCCUCGUUGAUCCGAGACGGUCUGGUCGACACCAUCAAUGUUUUACAUUUCAACCGCACAGUCACCGCACGGUUCCUCAUCGACGUGGACUGCUAUUAUGCGCCGGGCACCUUCGUCAAGCGCGCUACGCCGUUUGAUCGCCUUCGGGACAUCGACGAUGGUCGCUCGACUUGGAAGCCUGAGGACAUUGCUGUUGAUGCGGUCUUCUCGCAGCUCUUCCAGCUUCCUGCUCCCGAGCAGAAGCUCGUUUACUACCACGCGGUGCUCACCGAUGCCUGUAAACUCGCCCCCGCCGCAGUGGCUCCCAGCUUGGGGAGAGCCAUCCGCUACAUGUACCAGAACCAGCAUUGGCUGGAUCUCGAGCUUGCCUACCGCUUCCUCGACUGGUUCACACACCACCUCAGCAAUUUUGGCUUCAUGUGGAAGUGGGCCGAGUGGGUGAACGACGUAGAACUGCCAAACACGGAUCCUCGCAAGGCCUUUAUCGUUGGCGCCCUCGACAAGGAGAUCCGGCUCAGCUUCGCCCAGCGUAUCAAGGGCACACUUCCAGAGCCGUACCAGGUCUUGAUUGGACCUGAGAAGGAGCAGGACACCCCAGACUUCAAAUACAAUGAUGAGCACACGCCAUUCUCCGCCGAAGGGAAGGAGCUCGCGUCGCUACUCAAGCGCAAAGCUCCAGAUGAGGAGAUCCAGCCUGUCAUCGAUCGCAUCCACUCGACAGCGCUUGACCAGGCGCUUGACCCUCUCGUCACAAGCACAGACAUCUUCAUGACGGCCGUGUGCUGGGUCGGGUCCAAGUCGCUCUCGCACGUGCUCGCGUGCAUCGAGCGCACAAAGGACAGACUCCUUGACGCGGGCGCCGCAUCGGAAGCCGUCCGGGCCCAGAUUAUCACGGCAGUCAUGACGUACUGGUCGGCACACCCGGGCAUCGCGGUGAGCAUUGUCGAGAAGCUGCUCAAUUACUCGAUCGUCACACCCGCAGCGGUCAUUGAUUGGGCGCUCGUCAGCGACCGGGCGGGCAAGUACGGCGAGGCGCUGAGCAAGGCAUGGGUGUUUGAGCUCGUCUUCAACACCGUGGCCAAGGUCACCAGCCGUCACAGGCAGGUCGUAAGCAGCAGCAGUGGCGGCGACGACGCAGCGGGUCCGGACGUCAGUGCCGAGGACGAGAUCGCGGCGAUGCGCGACCUGUUCAAGAGCAUGGACGACUCGCUCACGAGCUGGGCGCAGGGCACUAAGGACCAGAUGCUCGACCCGAGCGCGGCUGACGGGAACGAGGACCUCGUAAAGCGCUGGGGCCAGCGGUGGCUGCGCGUGUUUAGACGCAAGUCGGCCAUCGAGGAGGCUUUCCUUGCCGAGAGGAAGAAUGCUGCCGCUGCCGCCGCGGGUGCCGGUGGUGCUGCGGCCGACGGUUCGGCGUGAGGGUUUGGUAAGGGGUCCGGGAUUGUAUAGAUGCUUUGUAACAUCAUUGGAGCACCGGGCGGGUUCGCCUUCUGUCCCGAACGAACAAUGGACGCGCAGAAUUUGACUUUGCGGUAGCUAGGAGGCAAAGAUAUGGCGUUUUUUCAACAGAAGAGUAGUCGAUAGGCAUAGUUGCCUGAGUGUGUUUACCACAUCGUGCAGACGGGUCUUUGGUUUCUCAAGCUCCUUGAUUUGAUCUGAUUUUAAGGACAGAGAGGCAGAAUAAAGUCGGCUUGCAAAUUUGAGCAGGAAGUCCGUUCAAAACCACAGCGUUCACAUACUUCAUCAGAAAGAAGGCACGAUAUUUACUUGCCCCAUUUCCUGUCUACAAGUGCGAGUAUCUCCAUAUCGGGGGUGGUAUUGUCCAGGGUCCCGAUCAGUACUGACAUCUCAUUUUUCC